UCUCGCGGCCCUGGAGGGGCGGUGCAGACGUUGGCCACGCCUCCUGCGGGGCGGUCCCGGGGACCGUGUCCAGCCUCUUCCGCAGGACCUGCGCGGGCUGAAAGCUCUUCGGAGCGGGGCACCUGUUCCGCGCCCAGUGGAUAAAUGGCAAGCAAAAAGCGAGAAAUCCAGUUACAGACAGUCGUUAAUAGUCAAAGCCUGUGGGAUGAGAUGUUGCAGAACAAAGGCCUAACAGUGAUAGAUGUUUACCAAGCCUGGUGUGGACCUUGCAAAGCAAUGCAACCUUUAUUCAGAAAACUGAAAAACGAACUGAACGAAGAUGAACUUCUGCAUUUCGUUGUCGCAGAAGCUGACAACAUUGUAACUUUGCAGUCAUUUAGAGAUAAAUGUGAACCUGUUUUUCUCUUUAGUGUUAAUGGCAAAAUUAUUGCCAAGAUCAUUGGUGCAAAUGCCCCACUUGUUAAUCAAAAAAUUAUUAACUUGAUUGAUGAGGAGAGGAAAAUUGAAGCAGGUGAAAUGGUUCGCCCUCAGUAUCAUGAAAUUGCGUUUGUGGACUCAGAUGCAGAAGAUGGUGAAGAAUCACCCUAUGAAAGUGCCGAGCAACUAUACAGUAUUGCUAUUAUCAAGCCCGAUGCUGUGAUUGCUAGAAAAUCUUUAGAAAUUAAAAAAAAAGAAACAAAUGUCCUUGACUUGUUUUACAUGUGGUCCCAUAACACGUCUGGAUCUGACCUUCCUCUCUACCGAAAGAUUCUCGAGGCAGGAUUUGUCAUAGAAAUAGAGGAUAAGAGAGUGCUCACUGAACAGCAAGUAAGGGACUUCUACAGUCGAAUAGCAGACCAGCCUGACUUUGAAGAUUUUGUCCUUUUUAUGACAAAUGGCCUGAGCCAUAUUCUAGUGAUAUCUCAAGGAAAUGAAGAACAGCCUGCCUGGGAAGAAACUGAACCCAAUCCCGAGACUGAAACUAAAGUGUAUGAGGAUUAUCACCAUGAGGUGGCCCCACCUACGCUGAGGAAGGAGAAGCGGUACAGUUUACAAGAAUAUCUGGAAAGACAACAUAUAUCUCAGCUCUGUGACAUUGAAGAGAGUAUAGCUAACGUUAAUAAGUUUAUUGAUAUGUUCUUCCCUGAUUUUAAAAGUAUGAAAAACCUCAAAUUAGAAAAGAUCCUGGCAUUACUUCGACCAGAUCUCUUUCAAGAAAAGAAAGAGAACGUUUUAGGUAUCAUCCAUGAUGAAGGCUUUAAAAUACUGAUGCAGAGACCAAUCGUAUUGUCAGAAGAAGAAGCACAAACACUGUGCAAGGAAUAUGAAAAUGAAGAUUAUUUUGAAAAUCUUAUAAAAAAAAUGACCAGUGGUCCAUCUCUAGCCCUUGUUUUAUUGAGAGACAAUUGUUUACAACACUGGAAAGAGUUAAUUGGGCCCAGCAGUGUUGAAAAAGCCAAGACAUCUCUUCCAGAGAGCUUAUGCGUGCAAUUUGCAGUGGAAGGUUUGCCUAUCAACCAGUUGUAUGGAAGUGAUUCGUUAGAAACUGCUGAAAAGGAAAUACAAUAUUUCUUUCCUCCUCAACAGACUUUAGCACUGAUUAAACCUCAUGUAACACAGGAACAAAGAGAGGAGAUCUUGAAAUAUAUUAAAGAGGCUGGAUUUGAAAUCACACAGAUGAAGGAAAUGCUCCUAAAUGAAGAAGCAGCAGACAAAAUUUACUCAAAAAUAAAAACAAAAGACUUUUAUAAAGAUGUAUUGGAAGUGUUAUCUGAAGGUCUGUCUUUGGUCAUGAUUCUGACCAAGUGGAAUGCUGUUUCAGACUGGAGACGAUUGAUGGGUCCUGUAGACCCAGAUGAAGCAAAACUACUGUCCCCAGAUUCUAUCCGAGCCCAGUUUGGAGCAAGUGUUUUGAAAAAUGCUGUCCAUGGAUCAUCUAAUAUCCAUGAAGCAAUGGAGACCAUCAAUCAAAUGUUUGAAGUGUUGGUUCCCGAGAACCCUGAGGGAAACUAAAGAAACUAUGAAGAGAGUGACAAGACAACCCACAGAAUGGAAGGAAAUAUUUGCAAAUUCUACGUCUGAUAGGGGUUUAAUAUCAGAAAUGGAAAAGGCUUGAACAGACAUUUCUCCAAAGAAGAUCAACAACUGGCCAACAAGCACAUGAAAAGAUUCCCAACACAAUUAGUCCUUAGAGAAAUGGACUAUAACAAGUGUUGAACUUUGAGAAGAUAAUGCAUGUAAGAUCGCACUGACAUACGAGCAUGUGGCACAGCUUCCUGGGAGGAAUAAAAAGGAAGAUACUCUCUGGAAGAAAACUCAACAUUACCUCAAGUUAAAAACUCACCUCAAAGUGAAAAACGUAUGGGUGUGCAUGGUAACAAUAAAACAGGAAGAAGUGAUAAAACCGAUGACUGGCUCAGGUCUCCACAAGAACCAAAACAAAACAAAAAGGAGGCUUUAUUGUUGCAAGUAUAUUAAUCUCCAGGCAGUAAGAAUUCCGGGCACGUAAAUUAAACAUGGCAAGUGGAGAGGACAAAUGACACAAAUAUUAUUUCGAGAUUCAUCCAAGGAGUCAGGUUCUAUUUAGGGGAAGCCAGAGCGUCCAAACACAGCGUCGCCAGUCGCCAACUCGAGAGGUAUGCCAGUUUCAGCUAGAACGGGACCCAAGCUCCCAAGAUGCCAAACCAGGCCAGCGAAAUAUCAAGCACAGGGGAUAACCCGGAUGACAUCGGAAGUCAUUCCCAGCAGUAGAAUCCAGUGAGUCGAAACCCCCUGGCUUAGUGAAAAAUAUUUGCAGCCCAAAUUCCUACAAGGGAAGAAAGUACAGUUUUGAGAAACGGCUGAACUCCUGACCCUUUUCCUGCCAGGCAGCUGAAGAGGCAAACUUGGAGAGGCUCUUCCUUGCGCAGCCGGUUGAAACUUGCUGCCUCUGUUUAACCGCGAGUCCCAAGUCCCAACGCUGCAGGAAUUUCCCUUUCUCCAUGGCCUGUCUUUUGAGCAAGGCUGAGAAGAAGAGCCAGGCUUUGAUCUUGCUUCCCGGGAUCGAGUUUCUGUUGAAGACAGUCAGUCCUUUGGGUCUCCGGAGGUAAUAACCCGCACAGCAUCCCAGGCAGAUGAUUCAUUUCAACCCUGGCUGAUCUCUGCAUUUUGACCUAAUGGCUCUAUCGGGCUCCGGAGCCUGUAUCCUAUUUGCGACGGAGAACCUUACGUCUGAACUAUGAAUGUGUUCCCAUAAACACCCAAGCCACAACAGCACUGUGAAAAGCUUCUUUUCCAAAACUUCCUAUGGAUCAAUACUUGCUUUUCUACCCAUAUGGGAUUUUGAAAAACAAAAAACAAAAAAACAGUUAUACUGUUGUAUUUGGUUUCCCGUUGAAUUAAUAUUUUCUGUCUUACUUAAGGCACUGUCAACAUAACCUCGGUAUCAGAUUAUGGCCUCUUUUGAAAAUACUAAAUAUUUCGAAAGCAGAAAAGUUACAGAGAACACUGUAACAAACACCUGUGUUCAGACCACCCAGAAGUAAUAAAGGUUAACGUUUUGUAACGAUU